AUGCCGAUCGUGGAGAAGCUGAGGGAGGCGCUGAAGCCGGGCCGGCCGGAGGCGGGAGAGGCUGGGGAGCUGGGCCGAUUGCUGGCUGCCUCCGCCAAGAAGGUGCUGCUGCAGAAGAUCGAGUUCGAGCCCGCCAGCCACGGCUUCUCCUGUGAGCUCCAACAGCUCCGUGGCAAGUAUGUGUUGCUCAACCCCCGGUCCGAGGCUGCCGGCCACCACCGUGGCCCCGAGGAGGAGCCACCUGGUAAGCAGGGCAGUAACCAUGCUGCAAAAGGACGCGGAGACGGGGUCCCUGCUCCCCAGAAGGUGCUUUUCCCCAUGGAACGUCUCUCCAUGAAGUGGGAGCGGAUCUAUCGGGUCGGUGCUGGCUUGCACAACCUGGGGAACACCUGCUUCCUCAACUCUACGGUGCAGUGCCUCACCUACACACCACCACUUGCCAACUACCUGCUGUCCAAGGAGCACAGCCGCAGCUGUCACCAUGGAGGCUUUUGCAUGAUGUGUAUUAUGCAGAACCACACGAUCCAGGCUUUUGCCAACAGCGGAAACGCGAUAAAGCCUUUGUCCUUCAUCCGAGACCUCAAGAAGAUUGCCCACAACAUCCACUUCGGGAGGCAGGAAGAUGCUCACGAGUUCCUGCGUUACACCAUCGAUGCCAUGCAGAAGGCCUGCUUGAAUGGCUGUACCAGGUUGGAUCGCCAGACCCAGGCCACGACGCUGGUUCACCAGAUCUUUGGCGGUUACCUGCGGUCCCGUGUGAAGUGCUCGGUGUGCAAGAAUGUCUCGGACACCUACGAUCCUUACCUGGACCUGGCGCUGGAGAUUGGGCAAGCUGCAAACAUAGUGCGGGCACUGGAGCUGUUUGUGAGGCCAGACCUGCUGGGUGGGGAGAAUGCCUACAUGUGUGCCAAAUGCAAGAAGAAAGUGCCAGCCAGCAAACGCUUCACCAUCCACCGAGCCUCCAACGUCCUCACACUCUCGCUGAAGCGCUUUGCUGACUUCGGAAGGCGCAAAAUCACAAAGGACGUGGGGUACCCUGAGUUACUGAACAUCCGCCCUUACAUGUCUCAGAAGAACGGAGAUCCCAUCAUGUAUGGGCUCUAUGCGGUGCUGGUGCACUCUGGGUUCAGCUGCCAUGCAGGGCACUACUACUGCUACGUGAAGGCCAGCAAUGGGCAGUGGUAUCAAAUGAAUGAUGACCUGGUCCGUUCCAGCAACAUCAAAGUGGUCCUCAACCAGCAGGCCUACGUGCUGUUCUACUUGAGAAUCCCCAGCCCCAGGAAGAGCUCGGAGGGAGCCAUUGCCAAAGCUGCCUCCAGCCUGUCCACUCGCACUGGCAGCUUCUCUGAUGAGGUCAAGAAAACUGUGACCUGUGGGCCACUGUCUUCACCACUGAUGGGCCGGAGACCAGACACAUUGCCAGGGAAGAAGCUGCCAGGGCCAGAGGAGGUUGGAGUCCCUGUGGCCCGUAGCACAUCUGGGACAGGGCUGAAGCUUCUCAAUGGAACUGCUCCACUGAAGCUUCCAGCUGGCUCCCUGUCACCCAAAGUGCCCCUCAAAGCCACCUGCACAGCCACAGCAUUGCCUGAUGACACAGCCCAGAGGCUCAAGAAGUCGCUCUCCUUCCUGCAGCGGCCUCUCACUCCCAGAGCAGCUCAGGGCUUCUGUGACACCAGCAACACAACUGGGGCUAAAGCAGAGCUGCCCCGGCAGAGCUCCUGGGAGAGCAAGCAGUCACCUACCUCAUCCAAGCUGCUGCUGAGCAAUGGGGAAAGCGCUGGGACCCUAGAGAGGGACUCCAGUGGCAGCAGCGCUGCCAGCCCAGCGCACAGCAUCAGGGGGAAGCUGGCCAAAGCCUCCCAAAAGGCCAAGAAUGGAACCAGCAGCUUCUGCACCUCUCAGGAAACAGACUGUGGCACAGACCUCCCUGCUGGCUCCAGUGAUGAGCUGGCUACCCCCAAAGACUCCAAGCUGGUGAAAUUGAAAACCUCCCUGCUGGGCAGCACUGCUCUGGAGCUAAGCAACACCAUGUCACCACCACCAGCUAAGAAACUGGUGCUCUCUGCGAAAAAGGGCAGCAGCCUGGGGAAAGCGAGCGGAAGUGACCACCACGCACAACCUCACCCACAAUUUGCUGAGCAUACUACCCACCCUGACUCUGCUCCCCAGCCUUUCAGCAGGGCGAGUAGGGAGAAGGGGUCCAGCCACAUCAGCCCUGGUUUCUCCAAAAAGAAGUGGCGAAAACAGCAGCAUGGAGCAGAGGGCAGCCCUUGUGCUUCACAAGGCAAGGAUGAAAUCUCCAAACCCCCCAAGAAGAAGAAGAAACUCUCUCAGGAGGGCUCAGUGUCCCUCAUGGGGAAGGAGGUGGAAGGCAAGGGUGGCCAGAAGGGGCCAAGCUGUGAGGACAUGGAGAGCAGGCCUAAGCAAUAUGUGUCAGACCCCAUGAAGCCCAUUUCCCAUCUCAAGAAGAAGAAGAAAAAGAGGAGAAUGAAGGAGACAGAAGAGUGCUGCUCUGGGACACAGUCUUUGGGCAGGGGAGUUGAGCUUGAGCUCUGGAGGACAAAGCAGCGGCAAAGUGUGGAACCUGGGACCGGAGAGAGCGAGCACCGCAAGCGCAAGCGGAGGGAAAGCCUUGGCAGUGCAGCCUUGGAGUGCCCGGCUGCCAAUGGCACCUGUGCCUCAGACAGCACCCCAGUGGCAGCACACACUUGGGACAGCCAGGAUGGAGAUGGCCACAAGCACUGGCCAGCUACUCAGAGCCCUGAGCCUGGCCAUGGUGCUGGCACAGCACGUGUGAGUGUGGUGGAGGAGCUGCUGAGGAACUCCUUGGACAAGGCUUAUGGCAAACAAGUUCUGACCUGGGAAGGUGAGAUCUCAGCUGUCAGCCAGGAUGCCAUUCGGGAUGCAACCUGGGCCCGCAGUGAGACCAUCAUCGACGAGUGGGACGAGGAGUUUGACAGAGGCAAGGUAAAGAAGGUGAAACUGAAGCGGGAGCGGAGGAGACAUUUCAAUCCCUUCCAGCAGUUGCAGAGCAAGCGCAACUUCUGGUCCAUGACGCAUCCUGCCAAGGUGACUGGCCUGAGCCACCGGCUCUGA